AUAAACCAACCCUGUUAGUUCCCUCACCAAAUCAAAUACUACUACCUCUUCUCUUCUCUUUUCUACUCGUCUUGCCAGCCAGCCACUUCAACUUUAAGAAACCAAAGCCUCCUUUUCACGCAUCCUUUUCUCUCUUCUUCUUCCUCAUUUCCUUUAUUCCUUCCUUACAUUCCCUCUCUCUCUCUUCCUUAACCCAUAACAAAUAAAUACACAAACUACUGAAAACCAUCACAAAGUAAACCACUUUCUUCUACCUUCUUCUCUCUCAACAAGCAAAAAAAAAAAAAAAAAAAACACCCUUUAGCUCUCUAGAUAGAGGCAAACACCCUUUGAGUAAACAGAGUUUUCGCUUUACACAUCUUCCCAGUUCUUGUGGUGCAACCCUUUUGUACUACUUUUCAUAAGUUUUCCCUCUCUCUCUUUCAACCUGACAUCGUGAAAACUGACAAAUAUUGCAACUUUGGACACCAUCAUGGUCCACUAUCACCGCUCCCAUCAACCCAGAAAGGCCAACAACACAGACUCCAUCAUCAAAGACGAAGAGUCACAGAACAACAUCACGUUGGAUUGUUCAUCCUCUGCUUACUACAAGAGAACAAGGCCCAAGUUGUUGUCUUUUCUCUUCCUCAUCACCUUCCUCUCUUGCUGCUAUGUUUUUGCUCCUCUUUUCCUUGGCCCUUCUUUCCCUCUAUCUCUCUUGUACUCUCCCGCAACUGAAAAUGAUUUGAAACAAGAUGGGGUUGGUGCUAAUGAUUCUCCAUGCUCUUCUGUUUCUACUGGAACUAUAUGUUGUGAUAGAAGUGGUUAUCGUUCUGAUGUCUGUGUGAUGAAAGGUGAUAUAAGAACACACUCUGCUUCCUCUUCGGUCUUCCUCUACAAUUCAAGGAGCAACAACAAUGUUUCGAGAAAUUUUGAAGAAGAACUCCAACAUGAAAAGAUCAAGCCGUAUACUAGAAAAUGGGAGACAAGUGUUAUGGACACCAUUGAUGAAUUAAACCUCAUCUCGAAGAAAGUGAAUUCAGGUAGUGUUGGAGGUUGUGAUGUCCAACAUGAUGUUCCAGCAGUGUUCUUCUCAAAUGGGGGCUACACUGGCAAUGUUUAUCACGAAUUCAAUGAUGGAAUCGUACCCUUAUACAUUACUUCUCAGCAUUUCAAGAAGAAGGUUGUGUUUGUGAUUCUUGAGUAUCAUAAUUGGUGGAUCAUGAAGUAUGGAGAUAUCCUUUCUCGCCUAUCGGAUUUUCCGCCAAUCAAUUUUCAAGGAGACAAUAGAACUCAUUGCUUCACAGAAGCAAUAGUUGGUCUCAGAAUCCAUGAUGAGCUAACUGUGGAUUCUUCAUUGAUGAGGGGUAACAAGAGCAUUGCUGAUUUUAGAAACCUUUUGGAUAAAGCUUAUUGGCCAAGGAUCAAGGGGCUGAUUCGAGACGAAGAAAGGAAAGCACAAGAGAAAUUGAGAGAACAAGUCUCUUCAUCUGAAUCAUCAGAAGCCUCACAACAACAGUAUAUAACUAUUAGGCAACAAGUGCAAGAAAAUCCAAUGAAGAAGCCUAAGUUGGUUAUUCUUUCUAGAAGUGGUUCAAGAGCUAUAACUAAUGAGAAUUUGCUUGUGAAGAUGGCAAAGGAAAUUGGGUUUUUGGUGCAAGUUUUGAAGCCCGACAGAACAACAGAAAUGGCAAAGAUUUAUAGGACUCUCAAUGCAAGUGAUGUCAUGAUUGGUGUUCAUGGAGCAGCUAUGACACAUUUUCUGUUCCUGAGACCUGGUUCUGUGUUUAUUCAAGUGGUUCCUCUUGGUACCACAUGGGCUGCAGAAACUUAUUAUGGGGAACCAGCAAGGAAGCUUGGAUUGAAAUACAUUGGCUAUCAAAUUUUGCCUAGAGAGAGCACUUUGUAUGAGAAAUAUGAUAAAAAUGAUCCUAUUCUGAGAGACCCUACAAGCAUUAACAAGAAGGGGUGGGAAUACACAAAGAAGAUCUAUCUUGACAGCCAAAAUGUCAUGUUAGACCUCAGAAGAUUCAGAAAAAGGUUGCAUCGAGCGUAUGAGUAUACACUCUCCAAAUCAAAACUGAGUCUCCAACAUCAACCAAUGUGAAUUUCAAUGGUUUCUUUUGGUUCUCCGUAUUCAUUGAUGUGAAAAAAAAUUAAAAUUUUCUUAAAAUCUUGAACAUUCUUAUAUGCAUAUAAAGGCACCUGAAAAGUUCUUAGUGCGAUAUGUUGUGUAUAGCACGGGUAUAGAAAUGUAUACUAGGAUGUGUAAGUAAAAGCUACAACUUGUGAUUCUCUCUCUCUCUCUUUUUUUUUUUUUUUUGUGUGUGAAAAAAAGAAAUCGUGUUACACUUUUCUCUUCAGAUUCAAUCCUCCUUCAAUGUAAGUAGUUUCAAAUUUUAUUGAGCGGUUAAAUUUUGAUAA